AGUACCGCACACCACAAACUGGAAGGGGUUACCGCCCGCCGCGCCCGGCCACAUUCAAACUACAAGAUAAGGAACGUGUGUUAGUGUUUUGCUUUUGUUAACAUUUCCCGGCAUUUUACAAGAUGGCGACAGUCGUAUCGAGAAAAGAGAGGCACUGAUAAGUCUUCCAAAUGCUUAGGUAAAUAAGGAAACCUAGUAGCCGCUGACCAAAACAAACUUGAAACAUCAAGCUCUCAGGACUCAGGACAAGCAUCAUGGAGGUGGAGACUGUAGCUGCGGAGAUCAGAUACUCCCUUAAGGUACCAAACCUGUCCAGUUACUGUGAAGGGAAUGAAUUAUAUACGGAAUUCUCCUUGUCAGUGUGCGGGCUACGGUCAAGAUGGGCAGUGAAGGUCCAGCCCUUCCUCUCCUCUAAGCCCAACAAGCCACACCCUCUUAACAGCGACAUUGGCAUCACUCUCUCGUGUCUUGGAAGCAGCAUCACCAACCCUGACAUCGAUAUUUAUUGCAGCAUUGUUGGCAGGGGAGAGGAACAUGAGAGUAAGCUGGAGUUGGUGAAAGAGGAGGAGGAUGGAAAGGCCACACAGUACUGUACUUGGCAGGGUGUGUUGGUGCCCCGUCUGGCUCUGCACGUGUAUGAUCUGCUGCCCCACGAUCAGCUGACGGCUCUUUUACGAUUUGUGAUCAGAACGGAUGAUGUUUGGGGAAAUGAUGAUCCUUUGGAGGAACUAAGUACCCAGAUAGGAAAGUUGAGGAAAGGUAAAUGCCCUGGUGAUGUUAGUAUUUUGACGUCAGAUGGUGUGACUAUAUGUGCCCACAGUCAUGUCCUUCACGCCCGCUCCAGCCUGUUAAGGGAAAGAAUUCUAGAUGUUCCGGAAGAAAUUACAUCACUUAGUAUUAAGAAACACCAAAUGAAAGAAAAUGUAUCGGAAAUAGACUCACAGACGCCCCUGAGCAGUUUUUUCGGGAGUGACGUGUCAUCUUCAGGUUACACCAGUAACACUUUAUCAUCCACAAACUCCACAAGCAUGUCACUUAAUGUUUCCAGCCCAAACCACCCCAAAUCAGUCAACAUUUCCAGCCCACUCCAGCCAAAGUCAGCUAACCUCUUCAGUCCAAACUGCAACAAAUUGGCUAAAGUUUCCAGUCCAUACCGCCCCAAGUCGGCGAACAUUUCCAGUCCGUCCAUCUCUAGGUCGCCACUGAGAACUGACAGGGUUACACCAAGGUCUGGAGGUCGUGUGACUGUCGCCUCCCCUGGCCGCCUCCUUACCCCUUCACACUCCACCGGACAGAGGCGUUGCCAUGGUGGAAUCUCCUCAUCUGCACCGGCAGACAAGAGACCUUACUCUCCAUCCAAGGUCUCCCCCAGUAAGCGUCUGUCACCCAAGGUUAGUCAAGACAUGCCCUGCCAUAGAAUCCUGCAGUGGGAAGAUCAGUUGCCCAAGUCAAGACAACCAUCACCGCUCCCUCCUCUUUUCUGUGACUCGGUAAAUUCCUCCUCAUCCAGCUCUGCAUUCAGCAAAUCUGCCUUGAAGGAACUAGAGUUGAAUAUCCAGAGGUCGCCUGGUAGAGAUCAUACUGUCAAACUGAACAUGUCUGCCUCUGUCGCUGAGGCAAUGCUGGAUUGGAUUUAUACUGGUGAGUGCAGUGACCUGGCACACCUGGCCAAGCCUUUACUGGUGGCAGGGAAGAGGCAUGGUGUGGAGGGGCUGGUGGUAGCAUGUGAGCAGUACCUGGCAGCAACCCUCACCCCAGCCACUGCCCCACACAUCCUCCUGCUGGCCCACAAGUACUCGGCUCACUCUCUGUGCUCUGCCUCCAUGAAGUAUGCUGUCUCUCGGGCCAAGGAGGUCACAAACCAACCAUCCUGGUCCAUUGUGGCCAGCUGUGCCCCAGCCCUCAUGACUAGAUUUUCCCGCCUCCUAGCCCUCCAUGCCCACCCUGGCCGCAGGAGGUGACUGGCUCUUGUUACACCACCACCUCAUCACCCACACACUACUGGACAAGAUGAGUGUGUGGUUGAGAUCUACCUCCUCUACACAGACCUUACCCAUCUUUGUUCCCAGGUCAGUGAAUGCAAUGCAUGGGUAGCAUUUGAUGGGCUGUAUCACUAUGUAUGAUUAAGAGAUUACAAUUGUGUUGGCAUGUGUAGGGAAACAUAAGAUCUGUACCACGUAUCUUUCUUCCCAUUAGUCAGUCUUUACUGAACAUUCUAGUGAUGUAUAUUUGGUUGUGCUCUGGUAUCCUAAAUGCUUUGUACAUUCCAUUUCUUAACAAUGAAUGAUUGGGUAACUAUUUCCUGUAUUGUAAUGUAUGGGUGUGUAUUAUAUUACUGAGGUUGAGAUUGAGUGCCCAAGUAGUGAUGGUACAGAGUCCAGUGAAUUCCAUGUCUAUAAACCAAAUACACCAAUGUAUGAACUAAUAAAUUGUCAUGCAUGAAGAGCUUUGCAGGACCAAGAAACAAGAAAAGAACUGGAAAUGUGGUAAGUGGAGGUAUUUCCUUGUGGGUCCUUUACUGUGUGAAGUAUUUUGCAUGGUAUAUCAUCACCACUGGGCAAGUAUACUGUACAUAGAUGUGUGCUAUAGUGUAAUGAGGUGUGAGAAUGUCAACUCAGCAUUAUAUCCCCUUGUAUUCUCUUGUGACCAGAAGUUAGCUGCCUUGUACCCCAUGUGAUACUUGGUACAAUGGCAACACACUCACUAAAUGUUAUGCUAUUAGAAUUCCCCAUUGGAGCAUUGCAGAAACACUGAGAAAUUGAUCCAGUGUAACCAAGGAAGGGAAUGGCUGGGAGAUCAAACCUCUGACGGAAAAUCCAUUGUAACAUUUAGUCGUAUGUGUUGCUGACCAAAUUAGAAUUGCUUUUAUAUAGUAAGCUGAGUAACCUGUCUGUCUCUGUGCAAGGUAGUGGUUCUUUUAAAGUAAGGCAGGUGAGACAAGACUCACCUCACUGUAGCAAUGGCAAUAAGGGUUCUCAGCCUCCUCACUCUGUCACUUACAUAGCAUUUCUCAAUACUAUGCAACUUUUUAUAGUAUGUAACACUAACAACAUGAAAGAUAUAUUCUUGAAUAGAUAUAUAAUGUCAUAAUGAAAUUAUUAUACAAAUGAAUUAUUGAUAUUAA